UUUGAAGGGCAUUUUGUACAGUCCAUGUUGAAAAACUCUCAUCAUUCCUCAGAUGUCACUAUUCUUGAGAGCAUCCAGGCAGUUUUAAAAGAAGUAGAAAGGUGUGUUGGAGAUGGUGGGCUGACCCUCCUCAUCAACAAUGCUGGCCGUUGGUUCUUUGAAAAUCUAGAAAAAGAGAAUGCCAAGGAUAUGCAGACUUUAUAUUCGAUCAACACCAUUGGACCACUGCAAAUGAGUCAGGCCUUUCUACCCCUGUUGAAGAAGGCAGCCCGGAAUAGUCCAAUGCAAGGGCUGAACACCAGCAAGGCGGCCAUUAUCAAUAUUUCCAGUUCCCUUGGCUCAAUGGAGGUUAUGCUUAUUUGGGAGAAAGCACAAGUAGUUUCGUACCGUUGCAGUAAGGCUGCUUUAAACAUGCUCACCAAGUGCCAGUCACUUGAGUAUUCAAAGAGUGGGAUUCUGACGGUAGCCAUCCAUCCUGGUUUGGUAAAUACAGCUAACAACCGUUACCCGGAGAUCACUGUGGAAGAGAGCACAAAAGGCAUCGUGACUGUCCUAUCCACGCUUUCCGAGAAGGAUAAUGGGACCUUUCUGGAUUGGUUGGGUCAUUGUGUUCCCUGGUGAUCCAUUACUCUCACCCUUAUGCCAUUG